AUGGCUGAUGAAGGCGUUGCUGAGCAUUAUCAAGUUCUCGAAGAGCUUGGACGUGGAAGCUUUGGCGUUGUCUACAAAGGCAUUGAAAAAGCAACCGGCGAAACUGUCGCUAUCAAACAUAUCGACCUCGAGUCCAACGACGAUGAUAUUCAAGAUAUCCAAGCAGAAAUCGCUGUGCUAAGCACAUGCGCCAGUUCCUAUGUUACUCAAUACAAAGAAUCUUUUCUGCGAGGUCACAAGCUAUGGAUUGUUAUGGAAUUCCUGGGUGGUGGCUCUUGCUUGGAUUUGCUGAAACCCGCCAACUUCAGCGAAACACACAUCGCCAUCGUUUGUCGCGAACUGCUAUUAGGCAUCCAAUACCUGCACAAUGAAGGCAAAAUCCACAGAGAUAUCAAAGCAGCUAAUGUUCUUCUCUCCGAGACCGGCAAAGUCAAGCUUGCUGAUUUUGGAGUCGCCGCCCAAUUGACCAACAUCAAGUCUCAGCGAAACACCUUCGUCGGAACCCCUUUCUGGAUGGCCCCAGAGGUCAUCCAGCAAGAUGGAUAUAGCUUCAAGGCUGAUAUCUGGUCACUGGGUAUCACAGCCAUGGAGAUGGCCAACGGAGAGCCUCCUCUGUGUCAUAUCCACCCCAUGAAGGUUCUUUUCCACAUCCCCAAGAACCCUCCCCCUCGUCUGGAAGGCAACUUCAGCAAGGACUUCAAGGACUUUAUCGUCCAAUGUCUUACUAAAGACUACGACCGUCGUCCAACCGCGAAGGACCUCCUUCGCCACCGUUUCAUCCGCAACGCCGGCAAGGUCGAGGCACUGCAGGAGCUUAUUGCCCGUCGACAAAUGUGGGAUGCCAAUCAGAAUAGGCAGAAGCACCCGAUUUAUUACCAAGAGACCCUACAGUCAAUGACUCCUAAGGACGAGCAGCAAGAAUGGGUCUUUGAUACAGUAAAGUCGGUCGCGCCGCCGCCCAAGAGGCCAACUGUCAAGCAGCACCGGAAUCCAUCCAUCUUCAACGCUGAAGAGGCGAUGAAGAAGUUAGAUGUUAAGGAUGGCCCUCUCGGUGGGACCUCUCCUGCACCUGGUACUGUUCGAAAGUCGACUGUCCGCCGAUCGUCGCUUGCUCAGAGCACCACAUCAAUGCGAUCGAGUGGCUCUCCCCGAGGGUCCAUUCCCCCCAAGAGACCUCUUCAGACGGACAUGUCGUUUGGAAAUUCGGGAUCGACUAUGCGCCUUUUCCGAAGAGUCCCUUCUGACAGUUCAAGUCAGGGCAGCCGACCGACUUCGUCAGACGAUGUCUUCUGUGACGAGAAUUCACAUUCUUCCAUAACAACUCCUGUUGAGCCAUAUGGUAAGGAGGCCGUGCUUGGACGUCGACUGUAUACCAAGGCCGUCGAGCCUUCCUUAGCCGAGCUGCAUGCUCAAACCUCUGCGAUGCAGAAGCGAGAAGCGCUGGCAAAACUAUCAGACGCCUUCGCAGCCUUAGAUGCAGUUGACCCUGAAGGAGCUUACCAUCUCAUGACUAGUAUGGUAUGCUCCAUGGCCCAAGACAACAAGCUCAGCGCAUCAAUCCUACGACAGUCUGUCCAGAAGACUCCAGACGACGGAACUCCUCAGGGUACCGUGAUUGUUAAGAGUACCACUCCUGCGGCCAGCCCAGCAAAACUCGUCAUGGCUUCCAGCAAUCCCCAUCUUCGCAGUCACCGACGCCGACAUGCCGACACCCCUACCAUGUACGAGAAAGACUUUAACCAGGAGAAGUUGGCUAUUGAGAACAGGUACCCUGGCCAGGAAGCCAGAUCCGGUAUGGAGCACAGCAAGCAGCUCUCCGAUGUACUCUACUCGCGGUGGUCUGAUGGUCUUCGCAUUCGAUGGCCUGCUGUCUAA